UAUCCGGCCUUUUUUGUGGUACUACAGGCAAUUCCGAUCCACAGUGUGGCGGCAGAAGUGGGAGUGAUUGGAGGACUGGUGAUGGAGAUCAUCAUCACAUUCGCAUUGGUUUACACCGUGUAUGCAACCGCAGCUGAUCCGAGGAAGGGUUCAUUGGGGACAAUAGCACCAAUUGCUAUUGGCUUCAUUGUUGGUGCCAACAUCUUGGCUGCCGGUCCAUUCUCCGGUGGUUCCAUGAACCCGGCCCGAUCUUUUGGACCUGCCGUGGCCAGUGGAAAUUUCUGUGGCAUCUGGAUUUACUGGGUUGGCCCUCUUGUUGGUGGAGGGCUUGCUGGUCUAAUUUAUGGAAAUAUAUUCAUUUCAUCAUCCCACCAAUCCUUGCCCUCUGAUUGCUAACGAGUCACUUUACUAUUUAUUCAACUUUGGUUAAUCAAUUUCUCUUUGUAAUAAAAGAAAGGAGAGUAGGUUUCCUAUUAUUCCUUUCUUUUGUUUUUUGUGUUUUUUAAUUUUUGCAUAUCAUUUUCUAGUUUCCGAUUCCCUUGUUUUAUUUUAAAGCUUUUAAUUGAGUUUAUGGAAGUGAAUGGAUUGAAUUUGUUUGUCAUUUUCCUA